AUGGCGUGGUGGCAGAGGCAGUCCACCAUCCAGUCCUACCUGGAGGGGGUCGGAGCCCGCUUCCAUGCGGCCCGUGUGGGCGCUGAGGGGCCGGGGCUGGGCAGGCACCUGUUGGCGCUGCAGAAGGACGUUGUGUCCGAGCUGCGUGUGGUGAAGGACCUGAUGGUCCAGUGUGUCCCAGCUCACUACAACAUCCUCGGUGUCUGCACUGUCACCUACCACCAGGCCCUCACGAGCCACCUCCAGGACAUCCUCCGAGAAGACCUGGACAAACAGGCCCUCUUCCUUCUCCUGGAGUGGGCCCUUCGCGUGUACCACAGCCCAGAGAUGAUGGGUCACCCUGACCUUCUCCCAGAGGUGGACGUUUCUGCUCUGGGUCCCUUGCUGUCCCCUGAGCUUGUGGAUCAGACGGAGAGGAGAUACGUGGUGAAAGUCAAGGCCAGCGUGCUCGAGUGGAUGCAGAGGACCCUGGAGGUGGAGUUCAAGGAAUGGUUCAGGGAAGAGGAACCCGAGAUGGACCAUCAGGGCUUCUUCCAGUCAGCCCUGCCCGUCAUCAUCAUGCAGAUGCUGAAUGAGAAUAUCCAGGUGGCCUCCUUGAUCACGGACUCUCUGCAGCAGAAGGUCUACAACAUGGCCUUGGAGGAGCUCGAGGGAUUUCUGGGCCGUCUGCGGGAAGCCCUGGUGCAAUGCGGGAAGGAGCACCAGAAGGACCGUACCGUGCCCAAGUACUACGUCUCCUACCUGCUGGCCAUGCUCAACAACAACCUGGCUCUCGGCUCCUCUGUCACCUCCCUGCACCCCGACACUGCCCCCAGACAAGUCCCCGCAUCCCUCCGGGCUGCUCUAGACAGGACACAGAAGGCGCGCCCCAGCCCCUGCGGCUGCCACCGUCCCAUCGGGAACAGCCCUGCUGCUGCACCCCCGGCGAGGCCCCUCUGCCUGCAGCUGCCGUCCUGCAAGUGGCUCUGCGGGUCCCAGCUCGUCAGCAGCAUCUGCGAAGUGGUUCCGGGGCUCCUGCUGACGGAGAGCGAGCUCCUGGUGACGAGCCAGUACCUGCGGGCCCUCAUGCAGAAGAAGAUGGCGUGCAAGAGCGAGGAGGAGCGGGGCCAGCUCUGCGACCGCCUGCUGCAGGAUGCCUCGCAGCUCCGUGAGCUCUUCUGUGGCCUGGGUCUGGACCGGAGCCGGCAGAGCCUGGAGGCUGUGUUUGCCCUGCGGGAGCUGAUCAGCCUCAAAGACCCAACGCUGCUCAGCCUGGAGGUGCUGGGCUUCAUCACCAAGUACCCCGACGUCAGCGACGAGCACAUCUCCACCUUGCUGGACCUCCGCGGUGACGUCUCCAGGGAGGUACGGCACAUGGUGCUGGAAAUGAUGGCGCAGCACCCCCAGGUCCCGCCCGAGAGCUACCAGCCCAUCUUCAGCACCAUCCUGGUCCCCGCGCCAGAGCUGCCCUUCUGCCUUCGCAAGGGCAAGUGUGCCUGAUGCUGCGCCCCGCAGCCCCCCCCUCCCC